CCCGCCUUCGUGUACGUGGUGGCGGUCUUCUCCGCGCUGGGCGGCUUCCUGUUCGGCUAUGACACCGGCGUGGUGUCGGGGGCCAUGCUGCUGCUCAAGCGGCAGCCAAGCCUGGACGCGCUGUGGCAGGAGCUGCUGGUGUCCAGCACGGUGGGGGCGGGCCCGUCUCGGGCGCUGGCGGGGCGGGGGCCUUGAACGGGCGUCUGGGGGCGGCCGCGCCUCCCAUCCCUGCUGGGCAGUGCCCUCCUCACCGCGGCUUCCCCGGGGCUGGCCGGGGCGAACAACAAGGAGACCUUGCUCGCCGGCCGCCUGGUCGUCGGGCUUGGCAUCGGCAUUGCUUCUAUGACGGUGCCAGUGUACAUUGCUGAGGUCUCACCACCCAACUUAAGAGGUCGAUUAGUCACCAUUAAUACCCUCUUCAUCACAGGAGGCCAGUUCUUUGCAAGUGUUGUUGAUGGAGCCUUCAGUUAUCUCCAGAAGGAUGGAUGGAGGUACAUGUUGGGACUUGCAGCGAUUCCAGCAGUCAUACAGUUUUUUGGCUUCCUCUUUUUACCUGAAAGCCCUCGAUGGCUUAUUCAGAAAGGACAGACUCAGAAGGCCCGUAGAAUUUUGUCUCAGAUGCGAGGCAAUCAGACCAUUGAUGAAGAAUAUGAUAGCAUCAAAAACAACAUUGAAGAAGAGGAAAAGGAAGUUGGUUCAGCUGGACCCGUGAUCUGCAGAAUGCUGAGUUACCCCCCCACUCGCCGAGCUUUGAUUGUGGGUUGUGGCCUACAGAUGUUCCAACAGCUCUCAGGCAUUAACACUGUCAUGUACUACAGUGCAACCAUCCUGCAGAUGUCUGGCGUUGAAGAUGACAGACUCGCAAUAUGGCUGGCUUCAGUUACAGCCUUCACAAAUUUCAUUUUCACACUCGUGGGAGUCUGGCUUGUUGAGAAAGUGGGCCGCAGAAAGCUUACCUUCGGAAGUUUAGCAGGUACCACCGUAGCACUCAUUUUCUUUAUUCUUGCUUUGGGGUUUCUGCUCUCGGCCCAGGUUUCCCCACGCAUCACUUUUAAACCAAUAGCUCCGUCAGGUCAGAAUGCUACUUGCACAAGAUACAGUUACUGUAAUGAGUGUAUGUUGGACCCAGAUUGCGGAUUCUGCUACAAGAUGAACAAAUCCACCAUCAUUGACUCCUCCUGUGUUCCAGUUAAUAAAGCAUCUACAAGUGAAGCAGCCUGGGGCAGGUGUGAAAAUGAAACCAAAUUCAAAACAGAAGAAGUAUUUUGGGCAUAUAACUUCUGCCCUACUCCAUAUUCUUGGACUGCACUUCUGGGCCUUAUUUUAUAUCUCGUUUUCUUCGCACCUGGAAUGGGACCAAUGCCUUGGACUGUGAAUUCUGAAAUAUAUCCUCUUUGGGCAAGAAGUACAGGAAAUGCAUGUUCAUCUGGAAUAAAUUGGAUUUUCAAUGUUCUGGUUUCACUGACAUUUUUACACACAGCAGAGUAUCUUACAUAUUAUGGAGCCUUCUUCCUCUAUGCUGGAUUUGCUGCUGUGGGACUCCUUUUCAUCUAUGGCUGUCUUCCUGAGACCAAAGGGAAAAAAUUAGAGGAAAUUGAAUCGCUCUUUGACAACAGGCUCUGUACAUGUGGCGCUACUGAUUCUGAUGAAGGGAGAUAUAUUGAAUAUAUUAGGGUAAAGGGAAGUAACUACCAUCUUUCUGACAACGAUGCUUCUGAUGUGGAGUAAUUUUCAACUGCUGAUAUAUGUGGUUAUUAAACAAACUUGGGAGGAAAAAGCAGCAAUUGGUGACCUCACUGCCCUGCUUCUAAUCUGGUUCUUUCCACAGUCCAGUUUUGGAUGACUUCUUAUUCUAAAAUCCUUGAUUAGGAGGAAGAUACAAUCAUGUUGACACUUCUUUUCGUAAGUUGAAAUGUAAAAAAAUAUAUAUUUACAGAGAUUUUAAAAUAAUAAUCAUUGAACAACUGUGUGUAAUUCCUUCCUGAGAUAGUCUAAAAUGAAUAUUGUAUUCAGUGAUUUCAGUGGUAUCCUUUUUUCCUAAGACCAUAUAUAACUAUUAGUGGCAAUUAAGUCAGUACUAAUCUAGCUGAAUCAUGUAUGUGAUAUAAAGAAGCAUUCUAGGAUAUGGUCUAAGAUGUUUUCUAUCAAAACCUGGCCUAUUGGCCCUAAAUUUUCCAAGGACAAGUAUCUUAUCUGUGAUCAGCUAUUCGAAAGUAAAUUCCAUUAAGCUUUCAUCAACAAAUUCAAGUGCCUCCUACUUGGGCACAGCUGUCUUAUCUCCUCUGGAUUCCACAUUUUGGUUUCUCGUUCCAAGUCAGAUCUUGAUUGUUCUUCAGAAAUUGACUCCACACAGGAUCUUUUGAACAUUAUGAAAAGCAGGUCUUUUGGGGUAUAUUUUCAUACAUAUUUUUUGCAUCAGUGAUAAGUGUACAUUUGCACAGAUAAGCUAGCAAGUUUUGAUAAGUAUAUUUUAUUGCUAGAAACGUCAGAAAGAAAAGAUUUUUAUGGAUCCCUAAUUGAGUUAGUCACUUAGGUAUGGAACUAUAAAUAUAAAUAGCACUAGAUCUUCAACAGCAUUUCAGGGUUGGUUUUUGUACAUGCCAAAAUCACUUGAUACUCACCACACCUUUGCACAUCAAUUCUUAAGUCCUAUGUGUGCCUUCAUUUGUGUUAUAUACAUAGCUGCCAUCAGACUAUUUCUCCCUUCUUUUAUUCAAAUAAUUUCUGAAACAAAAAAGGAAGAAAAUCAGUGACAAAUAAUACUGCUAUUGUUGCUAUUUAUUUAGAUAGUGGGACUUAUUUUUAAGUUAUUUUAACUUUUUAUUAAUUUUCCUAAGGGUAUUGUCACUUUUUUUUUUUACUUAAUAGUACUUGUCUUUUUUUUUACUGUAAGAGCAUAAACUAAUUUUUUAUUUUGCACACCCUUUCUCAUUUUCCCUGACAAUUUACAUCCCCUACUAUCCCCCCCAAAACAACACAUAGAUUUGUCUGUGGAUGUUUCCUUUUACUCAUGUUUAACUUGAAUUUUUUCCCUUCUUGUCUAAAAAUUGUAGUUUACUAUAGGAAUAGAUUAAUGAUUCUCAUAUAGCACACAUCUUUAAGAAAUGUUGACUUUCUGCAUUUCUAUGUCUUUUCAGAGUUUAUUGGUUUUUAUGUUCCUUCAUCAAUGAACUCUAAUUUUUGUUUUUAUAUAUUAAGAACUAUACAAUAUAUACAAAGUUACUUGCUAGUUCCAGUGAAAUUCUGAAUGACUCUUCUUUGGCCAGCUAUGAAUGCAUAAGUUUGAUGCAUUUUAACAUGGCUCUAAACAUCUAAUAAGGUAUUCUUGGGAGUGAAAAGGUGGCUAUCGCUAAAUUCAUUGUGUUUCUGCCAGUCUCCAAGAUGUUUUUUCUUCUCUUUAAGUCUGACUUGUUCACAUCACAAUGUCAAAGCUGAGAAUGUAGCCAAAAAGAUUCAUUCUCUAAGUCACCAGGGGUGUGUGAUAUGUGCUUUAAUGGUCACUUUACUGGUAAAAAAAUGUUCUUGCUUUGAUCAUUACAUAUAAUAAAACAUUUAUUUGACAGAGUGUUUUUUUCCUUGAAUUAGGUGCUUUGACAAUUGAUUUCUCAAUGGAUGUUAAUAUUAAUUUGUCCCAUAAGAGCAGAUGUGAUUUCAUAGAGAAAUUUAUUAUUCUAUUGACAUUUCUUAUCUAUGUAACAUUUCAUAAGGUAAAGUGAAAUGGAAAGGGAAGGGUCUGUUGUAUAUUAAAAUCAAAAUAUGAUGGAGAGAAAAGAUAUUUAGACCAAUAAAGUACUCACCUUAA